AUGGAGCGGCCAAGGAACCUCGAGCAGCGGAAGGUGCUGAGCCCAUCACUGCAUCCCGGGCCGCGUCUGGUGCUGCAGGAAGCUCUGACGAUCCAACCCCACAGCUUGGUCCCGGCAGCCAUCCUCCUGUGGUGCAGCAAGGGCCUCCCAAAUCGUGGGCCGAGCUCGCUGCUGCCGCUGGACGCCGGCCCGCUCUUUGCGAGCAGCGACUGGGUGGCCUCAGCAGCAACGCGGUACGAGCCGCGGGGCCUGCUGAACCCGGGCAACCUCUGCUUCGCCAGCGCCACGGUGCAGGCGCUGCUGGCCAGCCCCGCGUUCUGCAGCCUGCUCUCUGGACUGGCUCGGGAGGGGGCCGAGUCGCUGCCCAGGAGCGUGUACCCCACGCUGGCGGCCCUUGCCGAGCUGGCGGGCGAGCUGCAGCCUCUGGGAGGCGCGCCCUUUGUCCCCGGCAUGCUGGCCGACAUUGUGGCCGUCUUCGCGCCCCUGAACUGCACGGGCGGCGACCAGCGGCGGGAGCAGCAGGAUGCCCAGGAGUUCCUGACCUUCCUGGUGGACAGCAUGCAUGCCGAGCUGUCUGCGCUGGCGGAGACGCGGGGCUGGUCCCGGUGCGAGGCGCAGCCCGGCGGCUCGGCGCGCGGGGAGGACGACGGGGAGGAGUGGCUGACACGGAGCGGCAAGAGGAACGUGCGGCGCGGGGAGUCUGGCGUCAUGGGAGGGGCCAGCCCCGCCACGGCCCUGUUCCAGGGGCGGAUAGCCUCAUUCGUCGCGGCCAGUGGUGCGCCAGCCUCCGUCACGCUGCAGCCCUUCUGCGCGCUGGGCCUGCACAUCCUCAGGCCGGGGAUCCAGAGCGUGGUGGAUGCCCUGGAGGACCUCACGGCGGCUGAGACCGUGGCGGGGUACAGGCCGUUCCCCGGCUCUCAGCCAGUGAGUGCAACCAAGACCCUGCGCCUGCAGACCCUGCCCUACCUCCUGACGCUGCACCUCAUGCGCUUUGAGUUUGGCGGCAGUGCUGGGGACGGAGCCAAUAAGGUUGGGAAAAGGGUGUCCUUUGAGCCAUACAUCACCAUCAAGGGGCAGUGGCUGACAUCAGACAGCGGUGAUCAUGGCGCACUGUACAAGUUGAUCGCCACCGUGAGCCACCGGGGGGCCGAGAGCAGCUCCGGGCACUACACGGCGGAUGUGCUGCACCCCAGUGGCAGGUGGCUGCGAUUCGACGAUGGGGACGUCCUGGGCGUGAGUUCCCAGCAGGUGUUCACGGACCGACCAUAUCUUCUGCUCUAUCAGAGAUUGACAGAGGAGGACAAGGCUGCGGUGGCGCGACGAAGAUGA